AAUAGAGAGCUAUUAGAUAAAUACUGCAGGGAAUACGGGGUUGGUAUAAUAGGGUUUUUCCCGCCGACAGAACGUCGAGCGGUCGGCGUACAAGUUAGAGGGUUUCCAUUAUACACGCACACGAAACUCUCACUGAGAGACGCCAUGUUGAAUUCAGCGUCGCCAGUACUAAGAAUUUCCAGAGCAGGUGGUGUAUAUCAAGGGCCUUUACCCGGCGAUGAUUGGACCGUUUUUGGUGCCAACGAUACAACUUACGAACCUGUUGCAUGGGGUAGCAAUGACUCGUUCAGUUCGCAGAGCGAAUACAUUCCUCUGGCUACUGUCAUACAAGACCACGGUAUGUACGACGGAAUAUCCAGGGUAUUAUUUGGUUCAGGAUUGAGGUUCUGGCUGCAUCGGUUGCUUUUGUUAGAUUCGUUAUCGUACUUAAGCAAGGGACUGUUGAGCAUAUCGCUUGAGCGCCAAGUACUGGUCGAUAUUGAUGAUAUAUUUGUCGGCGAAACUGGUAUUAGAAUGUGGAAAGAAGAUGUGCACGAUUUAAUCCAGACACAAGAGCGAAUAAGUAAAUUAGUACCAGGGUUUAAAUUUAAUUUAGGAUUUUCUGGCAAAUACUUUCAUAAAGGAACGUGGGAAGAAAACGAAGGCGACGACACGAUUUUGG